ACUGCGUGGGAAGCCAAGCGAGUUGAAUUGGAAGGCCGAAGUAACGAAGACCCCGUAUAACCGUAAUCGGACUCGACAAUUCUACUUGGACUUUCCUCCGGAAGGUGUUAGUUAUGAGUUUUGGGCUCGGGACUUGGCUUUGAUUGCCCUGGGUUUGAGAACAAUGAGACAGCCUGGGGAGUUAUGUAAUUUAAGGUUGAGUGAUGUUAAACUUGUGGGCGGUUUGUUUUGGGUAAGGAUUAACAAGUCCAAGACGGACCAAUUAGCUAAAGAGAAAUUCAUCCCGAUUGAAAAAAUGAGUAGUAGGUUUUGCUCCGUUGAGAGAGUAGUGAAUUACCUGAAAGUUAGACCUGUAACGAAGGGUGAUGCACCAUUGUUCUUGUCGAAGUCAAGAAAGAAAAUGUCUGUUUUAGCUAUCUCAGCAGUGGUUAAACGUUUUGCGGAACAUGCUAAAAUGAAGGGAAGGUUUACGGCUCACAGCUUGAGAAUCGGGGGAGCCACAGCGGCUAUGAAGGGUGGGUUAUCAAUGGAGCAGAUCCAGACCAUAGGCGGCUGGGUUUCGGAUGCUGCAAGAUUGUAUAUGAGGGCCAUAGGUACUGUCAAUUUAGGUGCAUCGAUUGCUAUGGGUUUCGAAGGGUAG